AAAAGUCACGGUACGGGGGCUCCGCGUAGCAUUCCUUCUCUGAUAAAAGUAAAGAAUAAAAAAAUUUGGGACACGGACCGUAGCGGUUCAUACUCGAGGAAGGGAAAAAAGAGAAUAAAAUAAAACGAGUGGAUAAUUCUACCUCCAAGUUGACUAUUUUCGUGUUAUUACUUUCGAUGCAUAAUUAUCGUGCAGUGCGAAAAUAUUAAUAUAUAAUCUGAUCAAUUUACCACCUGUUAUACAUGUAAUUUGUCCCGAAUUAUUAUCAUUUAUAUUUAUAUAUUACAUAUCGUGUAUUCGUGGUGAUAAGGGUCACUUUUGUCAACACCUUCCGCGCACCCUAAUUAUUUCUAAACUGGUAUAUCAUCAUUUUACCAUUUAAAAAGCUUUGUUUUGUCCGUUGUUGUCAUUGUUGUGGACGUGUGUAAUUGUAUAUUGCUCUUACUGUAUACGCAUCGUCGUCGCCAUAGUCGUCGUCGUUACUUGUUGUUGUUAUUCGUCGUCCUUGGCGUUUCGUGGGUGCGGAAAUCCUAUAGCUGUAAUACACCAUGAGAUUUUUGAGAUGGAAGCGCGCAUCUCUAGCAACGCGCAGCCUCCGCUUUCGCAGCAUCACUACGGACUCGGUUGCCCAGUAGCCAAGGCUCCUCGAACUCCGUGGGUGGCUCGGUUCCCACGUAUAAUAAUAUUUUAACCAUAAGAAAACUCGGUCAAAAAUCAAAUUAACAAAAAUUGGGAUAUUUUAACAAAAAUUGAACCACAUUUGCCUCGCUAAUGGCAGACCCAGAUAAUAAUUUCGACGAUGAGGAGCUCGUUUCGACAAAUCCGAAUCAGAGAAACUGGAGGGGUAUUUUAAUCGCGCUUCUCGUAAUCAUCGCAGUUCUUGCUCUGAUUGUUACUUCAGUCGCACUUCUAACACCUCCUGAUGAAGGUCCUCGAGUGCGUGGUUCCCGUUUACGUCUAUCAGAGGUCUUGUCAGGAGAUUUAUCACCGUUGUUAUUUAAUGGAACUUGGGUAAGCGGACGCCAUAUUUGUUACCGUGACGCGUCGGGUGGAAUUUCUCUGUUGGAUUCAUCCGACCCUAAUAUAACAUCGCAUAGUCUUAUGCCGAAUUCCACCUUCAGGCGCUUAAAUCCGGCGAAAUUCUCCCUGUCCCCGGAUCACAAAUAUUUACUACUGGCUCAAAAUGUGAAGAAAUUAUUUCGGCAUUCUUACCUAGCACAGUACAUUAUAUACGACGUGAAUACGGGAGAAACCAUACCGCUUACCCCUCAGCCGGAGACCGACGGUCAUCCCUAUUUGCUGCUUGCUCAAUGGACGCCGAGAGGUCAUGGAUUGGUUAUGAUCCAAGAUUACGACAUAUAUUACAGACCUGGUCCACUGAGCAACACGGGGUACCGAGUGACAAAUUCAGCGAUACCAGGAAUAUUGUCGAACGGAUUGCCGGAUUGGUUGUACGAAGAGGAGAUCUUGCGCAGCUCAGAGGCGAUAUGGAUGUCGAAAGAUGGACAUUUAAUGCUUUACGCCUCGUUCAACGAUUCUCUUGUACAAGAAAUGCGAAUCCCAUGGUUUGGAGAGGGUUCGAGAACACUUUAUCCGGAUAUUCGAUCUCUCCGUUACCCUAAGCCGGGAACGCCAAACCCUUCGAUAAAACUGGUCGUCGCUGAUUUGGCUGACCCAAAAAAUAUUCGAAGUAGAACAGUGAGGCCUCCACCCGCUAUCGAGCACGUAGAACACUACUUUACCACCGCUUCUUGGGUGUCCCUCACGGAGAUAUGCGUAACUUGGUUAACGAGAUCUCAAAAUCUUUCAAUAAUUACCGUCUGCGAAAGCCCAAUGUGGAAUUGUCAGGAAAUUCAACGAGUAUUAGGAGAAGGACGAGGAUGGGUCGACACGCCGCCAGAAUCUCCGGUAUUUUCAAUGGACGGAAGUAGCUACGUCGCUAUAAUUCCCGUUCGCGAUGGUCCAUCAGGAUACUACAAACACAUUGUCCUGGCAAACGUAUUGAAGAAAAGAGUUGUGCCCUUAACCCACGGAAGAUACGAAGUCGUGAGAAUAUUGGCGUGGGAUCAGGUCAACAAUACCAUAUAUUUCAUUGGGAUUCCCCAAGCACAUCCGGGCCAAAGACAUUUGUACCGUGUAAAUUCUCAACCUCCUCAUCUCGGUUCUUCUCUUCAUGCUCCAGUUUGCAUAACUUGUUCAGCUGUUACAAAUCCAGAAGCUCAAUAUAAUUCGGAGAGACCUAGUAAACACACGGGUGUUCAUGGCAACAAUAAUAACGGUGUUAUAAACAAUAACAACAAUAACGGUUAUCACACGUGGUCGGACAGCAACGAUUGGGCGGAAUACGAACUCACCGAAUCACACAGCGCUGUUCAGCCAUUGGAAACUCCUGGACAACGUGAUAAAACUAAAAAAACAGCUAAUACGAAAAAUUCGGACACCUGCCAAUAUCAUAACGCGAUAUUUUCACCAGGAUUGGAUUACUUCGUUUUGGAAUGUCUCGGACCGAGUAUACCAACGGUUGCCCUUUAUAAAACCACCUUGCCAGAGCCCCGUUUCAUCGGACUUCUGCAAAACAACACCGCGCUUCGGGAAAGAGUGGCUAAAAUUGCUCUACCUCAAGUAAAGACGUUCCCCGUGCAAAUGAGCGGUGGUUAUAACGCUCAAGUACGUCUUCAUUUACCUCCUGGUUUGCGAGAAGAAGAAAUAACGCGGUAUCCUAUGGUGGUUCAAGUAUACGGAGCUCCCGGUUCGCAAUUGGUAACGGACAAAUUUAAAAUUGAUUGGAACACGUACCUGGCGAGUAGCAAGGGAGCAAUUGUUGCUCAAAUUGACGGUCGAGGCAGCGGAGGUCAAGGCUAUCAAUUACUCCACGAGGUAUAUUAUAGAUUGGGAUCAGUGGAGGUAGCAGAUCAGCUGGAAGUGACAGAGUACUUGAGAGACUCGUUACAUUUUGUUGAUAAAAGACGAGUCGCCGUAUGGGGUUGGAGUUACGGAGGGUUCGUUGCCGCUUUAGCCUUGGCCCAAUCCGAUCAAAACGUUUUCCAAUGCGGAAUCAGCGUCGCUCCGGUCGUUUCGUGGAAACUUUACGAUUCCGCGUACGCUGAAAGGUACAUGGGAUCUCCGAACGUGACGUCAAACUACAAGGGGUACGAAGAAGCUGACGUUUUCAAAAAAGUCGAGCAUUUACGAAACAAAAUGUAUUAUCUGGUUCACGGUACGGCGGACGACAACGUGCAAUUUCAACAGAGCAUGGCGCUAGCGGGACACCUCGCAAAGAAAGGAAUUCUAUUCCGUCAGCAAGUCUAUCCCGACGAGAGCCACAGUUUGGCAGGAGUAAAAGGACAUCUCUACUUGUCGAUGGCUCAGUUUUUAGAAGACUGUUUUCACAAGCAAGUACCCGUUGACACAAAGGCUGGCUUAGGAAGCGGAGGAUAUGGAAUUUAAGGGGGGGGAAGAAUCGGAAUAAAAAAUAUUACAAAAAUAAGGUGAGGCAUAAAAAUACGUUAUAGUCAAACGAUGCAAUCCACUUAGGUAUGUAAUAUAAAUAAUAUCUCCACAUUGUGUUCCGUUUAAACAAAAUAUUUUAUUUAUAAAAAAAACAACCCUUUCAUUGGUACUGUUACUAUUCAUUCAUUUAUUUGAACAUUUUAUUGCAUUUAUCGCUUUCACACCGUCCACAUAAUAUAAUAAUGUAUGAUUCCGUAAGUUUUUCGUCGUGAGAUAUUUUAAAAAUCAGGUGAGCCGAUCCUCCUAUAGAGCGCUUGGAAUCAUGAACACUGAACCUUUUCGAACGUUACUCAUUCAUUAUUUCGUACCGAUGGAAUGACUAAAUUCUAUGUAAUCGCAGAUGAGGAUUUUAAUGAUUAAUAAAUGGCUUUUGUUUUUUUUUUUUUUCUUAAUUUUAUGUAACGGAGAGAUACGUGUACUUCUUGAGAUUAAACGAACAAAGAAAUAAUAAUAAAAUAACGUAACAAUCAGAUUUUAACCAAUUUAAAUUAUACAAUAUUAUACAUAUAUAUAAACUUAAUAAGAUAACUAUAGAAGAGUAGUGAAAAGUUGAAAUUUCUAUACUUCUUCUUCACUUCUAUGUCGUCUUUCACGCGUAUAAUGUGAUAUCAGCUCUUAGCAGAAAAAAUAUACACAAAAUUCUAUAUUUAUAUAUAUAUUAACAAUAAUGAAAAAGAAAAUGAAAAAUCUUGUCGAUUAGAUCGAUCGUGUGUCGCGUGUAACGUAGAAAUCCGGUUCGCGUAAUAGCUCCGUUUACCGAUAUAACUACGCAGAUAGCUGCGAAUGUUGAUCUAUACAAAUCGAAGCAGAGCAAAACACUAUACUGCAGGCAGGAUCGUAAUUCGUUACGCAUGCUGUACAGUUUAGCAAGAGUUAUAACAUUCGACCUUUGGUAAUACAAUAAUUCUGAAGAUCUAUAUACGGUGGUUUUCGUGUUUUUUCCUCGUUGUAUGAAAAUUGUUUAAACGCGCGAGAGCUUCCACAACUGCGGCAAAUCGUUGCGUCAAAUCGAUACGAUUAUUACGCGAGAAAGAACCAUGUUUAAAACUGCAGUGCUUUAAUAUAUCGACCACAGGUCUGCUUUGUUGCAGUAACCGCUGAAUAAUUCUUUUAGCUCAUUUAUUAUAUGAUAUAUUAGACCAUAUACGGUAGUUCCAAUAAAUUAUUAGAACGAAAUUUAUUAUAUAUUACGAAUAUAUUUAUUGAUUAUUACAUUACGAUAAUAUUGUUAUAAUAGCUAUACCUAUAAUACUAGUGAUGAUAAAGCACACAAUUAAAUAUUAGAAAACGAGAAACAACAAAAACAGCAACAAAAUUAAAAUAUUGAAAAAAAAAAACAAAUAAGAAUAUGAAAACAUACAAUGAGAGGCAAUAAAAUAAGGGAGAAUUAUUGUAAAUAUUACGAACGAGGAAUGUUUUUAUCCCGUUCUUUAACUAUAUUUCUAGAUGAUCAAAAUAUGUAAUAACAAUAAUAAUUAUUAUUAUUAUUAUAUCUAAUUAAGUGAAAAUGUUGUAAAUAAUUAUGAACGUGAUGGUAUAUUUAAAUGAAUGCGUUAUAAUUACGAAACUAUUAUAAUUUUAGUAAUGAAAAUAUUUACUUCGAAUUACUGUAAAAACUCCUAUGUAAUAAACAAAAACAUGAAAAAAAAAUGAAAAAGAAUGUUAGUUAUUUCAUUGAACGAACUUAUCGCAGAAUGCCACGUCAAAAAAUAAUAAUGUGAGUGUAAAACAAAUGCACGGAUUCAAAAAAUGGCAAGUUGUUUGCUAUAUUCGGACUGUCAUGUCAAAAAUAUUACACCAUUUCUAAUGUUAUCCUGAAAUUUGAUUCAUCAUCUUGCACGAAAAUUUAAAGUAAUACUAAUCAUAACAAUUACAGAUUAUUGGAACGAAUCAAUUCUUAACAGACAUGUUGUACUGAGGUAUACAUGAAUAUGCAAUCAGAAUAAUCCGUUAAAUCACAGUAAUGUCAGACGUUGAGAUUAUUUCGACAGCUGCUGAAAUAAAGCCGGACGGUAAUUGUGAGGAAAGUAAAGUAAUAGAACCGGAUACUCAAUUAACUCGCGAAGUGAACGAUUGUUUAGACGUUUUGCGUAAAUCGAUAUCGGAGGUUUUAAGCAUUGUGAAACUCAAUAAAGAAGCCCUAGUCAAACCAAAGCAAGUCGGUGCCAGCGUUCCCAGAGUUCGACUAUUUAUCAAAGCCAUUAAUCGAAAGCACUGAUCUCUGCGUAACCCCUCCUUUCUCUUUAAUUAUAAUUCGUGUGAUCAACGAUUGAAACGCAUGUCACAGGUGGAGUAAACUACACAACUGAUUGUGUACAACAAGAUUUCGGUAUUACCGAAUUAACGAAAUUGCGAAUCAACGAUGUCUUUUUACCAUCAGGAGCUAGAGAAAAAGUUUACUAAAUUGCUGCCCUCACGUAUUUUAAUUCGAAUCACGUAGAACCCACGUGAAUCGUCGUCUGUAAGAUGUGAAAAAAAAUCGACACUUUGAUUCUUUGAGAAAAAAAAAACGACGAAUAAACCAUCGAAGAUCAUGAUCGACGGAGAA